GAAGGGGCGUGGCCUCGGUCCCGGGUGGCGGCGGUUGCCGCCACCGGGGCCUCUUCCUGCGGGCAGUUCUGCGGCGGCCUGCCUGCGCGGGGCAGUCAUGGUCGCCCCUUGAGUGGGCUGUGGAGGAGAGCGGGGCGGGGCCUGGCUGGAGGGUGGUGGCCCGGCGGGGGCGGGGCCGGACUCUGGCUCCUUUUUCCUCCGCAUGUGGCUGGCGGCCGCAGAGCGGUUCAGUUCGCGUACUCUUCGCCGCCCGCGUCUCUUUCGGGCUCUCCUCGCGUCACUGGAGCCAUGGCGUUCGCCGAGACCAACCCGGCGGCAUCCUCCCUGCCCAACGGUGACUGUGGCCGCCCCGGGGCGCGGCCCGGAGGGAACCGGGUGACGGUGGUGUUGGGCGCGCAGUGGGGCGACGAAGGCAAAGGGAAGGUGGUGGAUCUGCUGGCGCAGGACGCCGACAUCGUGUGCCGCUGCCAGGGAGGAAAUAAUGCUGGCCAUACAGUUGUUGUAGAUUCUGUGGAAUAUGAUUUUCAUCUUUUACCCAGUGGAAUAAUUAAUCCAAAUGUUACUGCAUUCAUUGGAAAUGGUGUGGUAAUUCAUCUUCCCGGAUUAUUUGAGGAAGCAGAGAAAAAUGUCCAAAAAGGAAAAGGUCUGGAAGGCUGGGAAAAAAGGCUUAUCAUAUCCGACAGAGCUCAUAUUGUAUUCGAUUUUCAUCAAGCAGCUGAUGGUAUCCAGGAGCAACAGAGACAAGAACAAGCAGGAAAAAAUUUGGGUACCACAAAAAAGGGCAUUGGCCCAGUUUAUUCUUCCAAAGCUGCUCGGAGUGGACUGCGGAUGUGUGAUCUGGUUUCUGACUUUGAUGGCUUCUCUGAGAGGUUCAGAGUUCUGGCUAACCAGUACAAAUCUAUAUACCCCACUCUGGAAAUCGACAUUGAAGGCGAAUUACAAAAACUCAAGGGUUAUAUGGAAAGGAUUAAACCAAUGGUGAGAGAUGGAGUUUACUUCCUCUACGAGGCCCUGCAUGGACCACCAAAGAAAAUCUUGGUAGAAGGUGCAAAUGCAGCACUACUAGAUAUUGAUUUUGGAACUUAUCCUUUUGUGACCUCUUCGAACUGUACAGUUGGAGGUGUCUGUACAGGGUUGGGAAUGCCCCCUCAAAAUGUUGGAGAAGUGUAUGGGGUCGUGAAAGCUUACACAACUCGAGUUGGCAUUGGUGCCUUCCCAACAGAGCAAGACAAUGAAAUUGGAGAAUUAUUACAAACAAGAGGUCGAGAGUUUGGGGUAACCACUGGCAGGAAAAGAAGGUGUGGCUGGCUGGACCUGGUUUUGCUCAAAUAUGCUCAUAUGAUUAAUGGAUUUACUGCGUUGGCACUUACCAAAUUGGAUAUUUUGGACAUGUUUACGGAAAUCAAAGUUGGAGUUGCUUACAAGUUAGAUGGUGAAAUCAUACCUCAUUUCCCAGCAAACCAAGAAGUCUUAAAUAAAGUUGAAGUUCAAUAUAAGAUGCUCCCAGGUUGGAACACAGAUAUAUCAAAUGCAAGGACAUUUAAAGAACUACCUGUUAAUGCACAAAAUUACGUUCGAUUUAUUGAAGAUGAGCUUCAGAUUCCAAUUAAAUGGAUCGGUGUAGGUAAAUCCAGAGAGUCUAUGAUUCAGCUCUUCUAAGGAUUUCCAGUGAUACAA